GUGGCGGGUGCGAGGGAGUGAGGGGGGAGGGGUGGGGGUCCUAAGGCGCCGCUGUCACCGCCGCCUUCCCGCCCAGGCCCGCGCAGCCAGCCCGGCCCGGCCCAGGCCCGUCCGCCCGCGGCGCGGCAGGACCAUGUCGGCCACGGACGAGCGGGCUAAGGAGAUCCUCCGGGGCUUCAAGCUAAAUUGGAUGAACCUGCGGGAUGCAGAAACAGGGAAAAUCCUCUGGCAAGGAACAGAAGAUCUGUCUGUACCUGGAGUGGAGCAUGAAGCUCGAGUUCCUAAAAAAAUCCUGAAGUGCAAAGCGGUGUCCCGGGAGUUAAACUUCUCCUCGGCAGAACAAAUGGAAAAAUUCCGACUGGAACAGAAAGUUUAUUUCAAAGGGCAGUGCCUAGAAGAAUGGUUCUUUGAGUUCGGUUUUGUGAUUCCUAACUCCACAAACACUUGGCAGUCCUUGAUAGAGGCAGCACCUGAAUCACAGAUGAUGCCAGCUAACGUUUUAACUGGUAAUGUUAUUAUAGAAACUAAAUUCUAUGAUGACGACCUUCUCGUAAGCACUUCCAGAGUGAGACUUUUCUACGUUUGAGAUGGGGCUUUUGGGAGCUCUUUUAGUUUUCCUCCAUACAGCUCUUGGUGCAGAACCCCCUGACUAUCCAGUGGAAGACACUCCUGUAGGCGGUGACCCUGGGGACCAGCUCAACGUGGGUUGUGACCUCUGCCCAUCACUUAUUUUGCUUUCUCCUCUGACAAGACCAGACCAAACCCUCAGAGACAGGACCACGUGCUUGGUGAGGCACUGGAGAAUAGAGGCUGUCUCUGAGCAUGGGCAAACGAUGGUCAUGCAGAACCAAUAUUGUAAAUUGUUAGUUGCAUCCUUUGUACUUCUCUGGAUCCUGCUCUCAUCUCCCAUUUCCACUGGCACCAAACUCUCACUGAGUUUCAUUUGGGGGAGGAUUAAGUUACCCUUUUCAUUUUUUCCCAUGUGGUAGGUUUUUAUCCUUUCAUUGGAUUUCUGUGUAAAUGGUUCACACUUCCUCUUUCCCUGACUCUGUACAAUAGACUGUGAGAUCACCUAAUGUAAUUAAACUGAUUUCUCAAUUAAAACAUUCCUACUGUCCAAAGAAGGGAAGCAAA